AACCACAUUGCCAACGGCUAGUCGGCUACUAUACUUGUCAGUCAAGCACCGCACACUCUGUAAUCGGUAAGCUUUUUUGCGGCUGCGCACUCCAACGUUUCCCGGACAAACUAGGGCGGUUAUUUCGAACAUACAACAUUACUACGAUGAAAAUCGACAUCCACACUCAUAUUUUGCCGAAGACAUGGCCCAACUUAGCUGAGCGCUAUGGCUACGGUGGAUUUGUACAACUGGAACACGAUGCUGAUAAUGGAGAAACUGCUAAAAUGAUGAAAGAUGGAAAGCUUUUCAGAGUUGUGGAGAAAAACUGCUGGGACAUUGAAUCUCGAAUUGCUGACAUGGAAAAAUUCAAGGUUUCUGUCCAGGUGUUAUCUACUGUACCUGUUAUGUUCAGCUACUGGGCCAAGGCUGCAGAUGCAUUGGAUUUAUCAAAAAUUUUGAAUGAUGACCUGGCUGGAAUGGUCAAUAAGUAUCCUUCAAAGUUUGUUGCCCUUGGAACUGUCCCAAUGCAAGAUCCUCUUCUAGCAGCAGAGGAGAUCAAGAGAUGUGUAGUGGACCUUGGAAUGUCUGGGAUUCAGAUUGGCUCACAUAUUAACAAUUGGAAUUUGGAUGCCCCAGAAUUAAUUCCUGUUUGGAAAACCUGUGAGGAUUUAAAAUGUUCUGUAUUUGUACAUCCUUGGGAUAUGCCUAGUCUGGAUGGAAGGCAUAGCAAAUAUUGGAUGCCUUGGCUCGUCGGAAUGCCAAUGGAGACUACUACGGCAAUCUGUAGUAUGGUCAUGGGAGGAGUUCUGCACAAUUUCCCUGGUCUUAAAGUUUGUUUUGCUCAUGGAGGCGGAUCCUACCCUUUCACAAUUGGAAGAAUUGAACACGGCUACAAGGUAAGGCCAGAUUUGUGCGCCACAAACUGUUCACGCAGUCCCCGUGAAUUUUGUGGAAAAUUUUACACAGAUUCUCUUGUUCACGAUUCAAAUGCAUUGCGUAUGCUACUUGACGUCAUUGGAAAGGACCGUGUCAUGCUUGGAACCGAUUAUCCGUUUCCGUUGGGAGAGUUGGAGCCUGGUUCACUUAUUGAAUCCAUGGACGAUUUGGGGUAUUUGAAGGAAAAGUUACUUUAUGAAAACGCCAUGGAAUUUCUUAAUGUCGAUCGUUCGAGAUUUGAAAACUAAAAUUGAACAGAAAAAUGGUUAAAAAAUACGGUGAUGGUUCACUUUAAAAGAAAGAUAUCUGAUCUGCGAUAUUAUGAUGAUCAAAAUUACCUGUUGGUCAAAGCUAUACUUUUGGGGGAUUAUCCCGUUACCUUUACCUUAACAUUGAAGAAACAAAAAAUUUAGUUAUUUUUAAAAGAUCUAAUCAGAAGUAAUACACAUCAUAUUAAACUCGA